AUGUCGCUUCUCUGCUCCACCUUUGUCUCCUCAGCGCUCUUUAUUUUUUCUUUCUUCAAUUUCGUAACCGCUGCCACCGAGUUCGACUUUGGAACUUUAACAUUGGGUAGCCUCAAGCUUCUCGGCGACGCUCACUUGAACAACGGCACCGUCAGCCUCACGCGCGACCUCGCCGUUCCCACCUCCAGUGCUGGCAGAGCUCUUUACUCCCGUCCGGUCAGGUUCCGCCAACCCGGAAGCCGCUCUCCGGCGAGCUUCACCACCUUCUUUUCCUUCUCUGUUGCCAAUCUCAACCCUUCCUCCAUCGGCGGCGGCCUCGCCUUCGUCCUCGCGCCGGACGACGAAACAAUCGGCGACGCUGGUGGGUUUCUUGGACUUAGCGCAGCUGCCGCCUCCGCCGCCGAUGGCGUCGGUGGCUUUAUUGCCGUGGAGUUUGAUACGCUCAUGGACGUAGAGUUUAAGGACAUUAAUGGGAACCACGUUGGGGUGGACUUAAACAGUGUCGUUUCGAGCGAGGUUGGUGAUUUGGCGAACAUUGGGAUCGACCUGAAGAGCGGUGACCUAAUUAACGCGUGGAUCGAGUUCGAUGGAUCGAGCAAAGGGUUAAGCGUGUGGGUUUCGUAUUCCAAUUUGAAACCGAAAGAUCCCGUUUUGUCGAUGAGUCUCGAUGUGGAUAAGUAUUUGAAUGAUUUUAUGUAUGUGGGAUUCUCAGGUUCCACGCAGGGUAGCACGGAGAUUCACAGAAUAGAAUGGUGGAGUUUCGGUUCGUCUUUUGAUGCUGCGGCGGCGGCGGCUCCGCCUCCUCCACCGGCGGUGAGUUUGAUGAACCCGACGGCGAAUUCGGUGAAGUCGGCGCCUCCUUCUUUGGCUCCUUCUAAUAGUGAAGAGAAAGAGAGCAAAAGCAAAUCGUCUUGCCACAAUGGGUUGUGUAAGCAGAAUUUGGGAGCGGUUGCUGGUGUUGUUACUGCUGGGGCAUUUGUUUUGGCUCUUUUUGCUGGUGCAUUGAUUUGGUUUUACUCUAAGAAGGUUAAACGUGUUAGCAAGUUUGAUUCGCUUGGUUCGGAGAUCAUUAAAAUGCCGAAACAGUUUACCUACAAGGAGCUGAAGAAUGCUACCAAGUGUUUCAAUGCGAAUAGGAUCAUUGGUCAUGGCGCGUUUGGGACUGUGUAUAAGGGGGUUUUGCCUGAGAAUGGGGAAACUGUUGCGGUGAAGAGGUGCAGCCAUAGUAGUCAGGGGAAGAAUGAGUUUUUGUCUGAGUUGUCUAUCAUUGGGAGCCUUAGGCAUCGGAAUCUUGUUCGGCUGCAAGGGUGGUGCCAUGAAAAAGGUGAGAUUCUGCUGGUGUAUGACUUGAUGCCGAAUGGGAGUUUGGAUAAGGCUUUGUUUGAGGCAAGGACACCACUUCCCUGGUCUCACCGGCGCAAGAUUUUGUUGGGCGUCGCCUCGGCCUUGGCCUACUUGCAUCAAGAGUGUGAGAAUCAGGUGAUUCAUAGGGACAUCAAGACUAGUAAUAUAAUGUUGGAUGAAGGGUUCAGUGCCAGGUUGGGAGAUUUUGGUUUGGCGAGGCAAACUGAGCAUGACAAGUCGCCGGAUGCCACCGUGGCUGCUGGGACAAUGGGGUACUUGGCACCUGAGUAUCUCCUUACGGGAAAGGCUACAGAGAAAACUGAUGUGUUUAGUUAUGGUGCAGUGGUUCUUGAGGUGGCCAGUGGGAGAAGACCGAUAGAGAAGGAUGCCAACGGGGGUGCUAAAGGUGGAAUUACCUGCAAUUUGGUAGAGUGGGUAUGGAGUUUGCACCGGGAAGGCAGGUUGCUAAUGGCGGCUGAUGCAAGGCUUGAGGGCGAGUUUGAUGAGGGGGAGAUGAGGAGGUUGCUCUUGGUUGGGCUAGCUUGCUCUCACCCCGAUCCACUGGCUAGACCUACUAUGAGGGCUGUGGUUCAGAUGCUGGUGGGGGAAGCUGAUGUGCCUAUUGUCCCAAGAACCAAGCCUUCCACAGGUUUUAGUACUUCCCACUCUUACUUACUAAUGAGCUUGCAAGAUAGUGUAUCUGACUGUGAUUAUAAUCACCAUCUCUACUUCCACAUCAGAGAACAGCUUCAAUCUUGGAGAUAUACUCUGAUUUUAUGGAAAUCUUUGGCUGGGACCAGACCAUUUUUAAUUAUUGACUGA